AUGAGUACAGUCAAUUCACAGUUAAAUCAUGAAUCAUUUGGCGGGAAGGUUAUCAUAUUUGGUGGUGACUUUAGACAAGUUCCUCUAGUUGUUCCAAAAGGUAGGCAAGAGGAUGUUCAAAUAGUUGAUACAUUAGAUGCAGAUAUUCGUAAGGAGUUUGCUGAAUGGUUAUUAAAGAUUGGUGAAGGACAUAUCCCUGAAAUUACACAUGAUAGCGGCUAUAUUUCCUUACCAUCAGAUAUCAUACUUAAAAAUAACAUACUCCAAGAAUUAAUUAACUUUGUAUACCCAGAACUUUCAACACGAUCACAGGAUGCAAUGUAUUUAAUUAAGAGAGGAAUUCUUGCUCCACGGAAUAAUGAAGUUGAUACAUUGAAUACAGAAAUACUUGCCCAAUUUCCCGGAGAAGAAACAAUAUAUUACAGUGCAGAUGCAUUAAAUUAG